AUGUCUCUCGUAUCCGGCGAGAAGUCGAACUUCCAGUUCAUCCUGCGUCUCCUCAACACCAACGUCGAUGGCAAGCAAAAGGUCAUGUACGCGCUGACCAAGAUAUCUGGUGUCGGUCGCCGUUACUCCAACUUGGUCUGCAAGAAGGCCGAUGUCGACCUCAACAAGCGCGCCGGCGAGCUUACCUCCGAAGAACUCGAGCGCAUCGUCACCAUCAUCCAGAACCCAACCCAGUACAAGAUCCCAACCUGGUUCCUCAACAGACAGCGCGACAUCGUCACCGGCAAGGACGAGCAGGUCUUGGCCAACGGCGUCUACUCCAAGCUCCGUGACGACCUCGAGCGCCUGAAGAAGAUCCGCGCUCACCGUGGUCUUCGUCACUACUGGGGCCUUCGCGUCCGUGGUCAGCACUCCAAGACCACUGGUCGUCGUGGUAGGACCGUCGGUGUCAGCAAGAAGAAGGGUUAG